UCAAACAUCCCUGCUGGAGUCAACACCACGUCACUCACCGGGGACUCGUGCCAGCUAUCCAGCGGCGAUCAUCUGGCCGCAUAAAAAUGAUACUUUUCCCAACAAAAACGGACUUUCAGCCUUUUAGAAGGUCAUGAUAAGAUCAGAGGAAUCAAGGAUGGAGCAGUGGAAUAAGCCAACUCUUCUUCCUUCAGCUGACUGAUUCAUAAACCAAGAGGACAAUCUGCACCAUGGGAAGGAUCAGCUUUUCAUGCCUUUGCCCAGCCUCGUGGCAUUUCAGCGUUUCCUCCCAGGUUCUUCCCCGGCUGCUGAUACCUUCCUUCAGACAGCUGCUCUUCUUCGGCCUCGUGAUUGGCCUCAUAGGACUGCUCUACCUACUGCUAGUGGCUGGAAAAGGACAUGCUAGUUGGAUAACAAAGGAUAAUAACUUCCACAGGCACCUGGCGAGAGUCACAGAUGUGGACGUGACGGACACAAGCAACCCCGACCUGAACUACGGUCUGGUAGUGGACUGUGGCAGCAGUGGCUCCAGGAUAUUUGUGUACUGCUGGCCUCAGCACAACGGUAAUCCGCAUGAACUCCUGGAUAUCCGGCAAAUGCGAGAUCAGCACCGCAAGCCAGUGGUCAUGAAGAUCAAACCUGGUAUUUCUGAAUUGGCUAAAACACCAGAGAAAGCCAGUGAUUAUAUAUACCCACUUUUGAGCUUUGCAGCUCAGCACAUUCCCAAACAUAAGCACCAGGAAACACCCUUGUACAUUCUGUGCACAGCUGGAAUGAGAGUCCUACCAGAGAGUCAUCAAGAAGCACUUCUUGAGGAUCUGCGCACAGAUAUCCCAGUCCACUUCAAUUUCCUCUUCUCAGAUUCCCAUGUUGAGGUGAUUUCUGGAAAGCAAGAAGGUGUCUAUGCAUGGAUUGGAAUAAACUUUGUCCUUGGAAGGUUUAACCAUGUGCAAAAUGAUGAGGAACAUGAGGUGGAGGUGCACGUUCCAGGCAGUGAUCAACAGGACACGCUGAUGAGGAGGAGGACUGCUGGGGUCCUGGACAUGGGUGGUGUUUCCACACAGAUUGCAUACGAAGUGCCCAAAACUGUAAGCUUUGCUUCUCCACAACAGGAGGAAGUUGCCAAGAACUUACUGGCUGAGUUCAACCUGGGGUGUGAUGCGCAUCGGACAGAGCACGUUUAUCGUGUUUACGUGUCCACCUUCUUGGGUUUCGGAGGGAACGCGGCGCGCCAAAGAUACGAGGAGAGCCUCAUCAGAAAUACAGCCGCUCGAAACAAGCUUUUAGGCGGGCAUGUCGGAGAGACAGCGGAGUCUCCCCUCCUGGACCCUUGUCUUCCCAUCGACAUGCCGGAUCAUAUCGGACCGUCCACCCAGACGGUCUACCUUCGAGGCACAGGAGACUUUGACAAGUGUCGACAACUUCUCCAGCCAUUCCUCAACCGCACCAAUGACACCCAGACCUCCCUCAGCGGCAUCUACCAGCCCGCAAUCGACUACCAGAACAGCCAGUUUUACGGCUUCUCAGAAUUUUAUUACUGCACAGAGGAUGUGCUGCGUAUGGGAGGGGAUUAUAAUGCUUCUAAAUAUGUCCAGGCCGCCAAGGGUUACUGUGCCACCCAGUGGAAGACGCUAAAGGAGCGCUUUGACUCCGGCUUGUAUGCCUCACAUGCAGAUUUCCCCAGACUUAAGUACCAGUGUUUUAAAUCAGCGUGGAUGCAUGAAGUAUUACACUCUGGUUUCUCCUUCCCGAGCGACUACAAAAACCUGAAGACUGCUCUGCUGGUUUAUGAUAAAGAAGUCCAGUGGACUCUUGGGGCUAUACUUUACAGAACACGGUUUCUACCUUUGAGGGACAUUCAGAAAGAAGGUCUGAAAGGAGCACACUCUCACUGGAGGCACAACUUCUCCUUCCUCAACAACCACUACUUAUUCCUGGCGUGUUUCUUUAUCGUUUUACUGUCCAUUAUGCUGUACUUACUGCGGCUCCGACGCAUUCAUCGGCGUGUGGCUCAGCGCUACACUCCCUCCUCUGUCCCGUGGAUGGAAAAAGGUCUCGGCUCGCCAACACUCCCCAUCAACCUCUAAGCUGCGUACAGGCUGGACCGCAUCUAUGCAUCCAAGGGUGUGGUUAUAAAUGGUAUUGCAUUUGGACAACUGGGAGAAAUGGAGAUAUAUAUAUAUAUAUAUAUAUAUAUAUAUAUAUAUAUAUAUAUA